GUUCACAAAGUUCUCAUGAAGUCCUCAUUUAGCAAUCAAGAUCAUAUUCUUAUUCCCGUAAUUCUUCACAGGUUUCAUAACAAAAAGCAGAGCAACAAGCAGAAGGGAGGAAGGGAUGUUAAUAGCUCAGAGAAAUCGGAGGAAAUAGCCAAACUGCUGAUCUGAAUUUUAGUGGUUGGGAUUUCUGGAAGAGCCAUGAAGGGCUGGCUGCUCCUCGUGGCUGCUUUCCUUCUCUGGCCAGGCUGCUCUUCUCAAGACGCAUGUGAAGAACCAGAGGACGUUGAUUUUGGGGAAAUUGUAAGCACUGAGAGAGCCAAGUAUCUGGAAAACGAUCAAGUGCAGUACAAAUGCAAUCUUGGAUAUGUCUUGGAAGGACCUGAAUGGAUUCAGUGUCAAGGACAAAAAUGGACACCUCGUCCACCAAAAUGCUUGGCCCCCUGCAGUAUCACAAGACAACAGCUGGCAACAAAAAACUUGUUUGUGUUUGGGAGUCAAAGAAAAGCUCGGCUUGUUCAGAGCAAUCAGAGCCUACAAUUUCUGUGUGAUGAAGGAUAUGUGCUUGCGGUUCCAUCAGUCAGAAAGUGCGUUGACGGUUACAUAGAGUUGCCAUUGUGUAUCUCUGGAGGAGGAAAAAACUGCAGCGGUCCACCCAGGAUUGAGAACGGAGAAUUAUUACUUUAUCUGCGAAGCAAUACAGAUCUGGCUCUUCAGUGGAAUUCAGGUGCCAAAGCCAUUAUGCCAUGGAAGGGCCAGAAGAGAUCUUUUGUGACAAUGGGGCCUGGACAAAAGUGCCUAUUUGCCUUGAUCCCUGUGUCCCAGGAGUGA